AAAUACUUUAAAACACACACACAAUUCAGUGACAUUUAACUAGCUACAGCUUCAAUACUUGAAUCUUGAAACUUCAAAAAUUGUUGUGUGCACGUUCAUUCCCAGAGAUGGAUUUAGACUUCGAUUCCACUUUUUUCUUGAACCAAAACCUUAGCUUCUUCUCAGAAAACUCCUCUGUUUGUGGAGACCCUUUUUCUUGGGACAACAACUUUGUCUUGGAUGAUAUCUUCAACUUGAGCGACAAUUCGUCACAAUCACAAACCAAGGAAACAUCCUCGGCGUCCAAUGUUUCCAGUUCUAUUGGUAGCGUCGAGUUACAAGAAGUCUCAUCCAACACGACUUAUGAAGAAGUGAAAGAAGGACAAUCAGUAUCAUUAUCAUUGUCGUCAUCAUCAUCGUCACUACCGUUGCUGCCUUCGCAACAAGCGAAGGAGCAAAAGAUGUACAGAGGAGUGAGGAAGAGGCCGUGGGGGAAAUUCGCGGCCGAGAUAAGGGAUUCCACUCGAAACGGCGUUCGAGUGUGGAUUGGAACCUUUGACACAGCCGAAGCCGCAGCUCUGGCUUACGACCAAGCCGCGUUCUCCACGAGAGGGUCUCUCGCGGUGUUGAAUUUCCCAGAGGAAGUGGUGAGUGAGUCCCUCAAAGACAUGCCAAGUAAGCCAUGGGAAGAAGGUUCCUCCCCUGUUUUGGCUCUUAAGAGAAAACACACUAUGAGGAGAAAGUCCAAUUCUAAGAAGAAGAGCAAGAUUGAUCAGAGGGAACAAUUAGAUUUCAGCAGCAGUUCGCAAAAUGUGCUGGUGUUCGAGGAUUUGGGUGCUGAGUACCUAGAACAGCUCUUGAGUUUGACUUCUUAGCCUCUCUGUUUUUGCAAUUGUUUAUAAACAAAUUUUUACUUUGUAAUUCUUUCAUGACUGGAUCAAAAUGUAUUAUUCGGUUCGAGAAUGAAAAGGUAAAUUGCGUCUUAAAAUCCUUUUUGGUCAUAUCCUUUUCUUGUUUAACUUUUUUAGAAAUAAUCCUUGUUGUAACCUUUAUGAAUAACAUUACUCAACUUUUUUUUUCA